AUGAGGACACAGCCGUUGCCUGAGGAGCAGCCACAAGCCCCGGGGGAGCCCGGGGAGGAGCAGAGCUGCUGGGACAAGGGGAGCAGAGCAUCCAUGAACCUGCUCCUGGGCAUUGUCCUGCUGCUCCUGGUGCUGCCCGACGCUGCUGGGGGACAGGAGAGCUGUGCCACCCUGAGGAGGGGUGACAGGCACCACCACUGCUGUGACACGGUGGAGUCAGAGGAGCAAGGCGACGGGACCCCCAGCCCUGACUUGCCCCGGCGCUGCCCAGAGCUGGGGCGCUCCAGCAGCCCUGCUUGUGCCUGCCUGCGGGAGCGCUGGCUCAGGCUGCUGCAGUCGGCGGGGCCGGCGCUGCGCAGCAGGCUGGCUGGGCUGAAGGUGCUGCUCCUGAACGUCAGCAGGGCUGUCACCCGCGAUGUCCUCAUCACCUUUUCCCCCACGGAGGGCCCUAGGAUGCUGAACAUAACGGAGAAGGGGAAGGCAGGCAAAAUCCAGCUCCCCAGGGAGAUAUUCCGGUCCCUGAGCAGCCAGACAGUGCGUGUGGUGGUGACGGUCCUCAACAUCCAGCGGCUUGGCAUGUUCGAGGAGGUCAACCAGACAGGGCAGGUCCUGGACGACACCGUGGUGGGCAUCAUGGUGGGAGAGACGAGCAUCUCUGGGCUGCAGGACCCCAUGCAGCUCACCUUCGCCCACGGGCAGCUGCCCCAUGGCAUCACCCCGCAAUGCGUCUUCUGGGAUCCCAGCAAAGGGCAGGCAGGAGGCUGGAACAGCAGUGGAUGUGUCAUGCAGCUCGGGGACAAGGGGACAAUCUGCUCCUGUGACCAUCUCACCUUCUUCACUCUCCUCCUGAACCCAGCUCUGGACAGGUCCACGGCACAAGCCUUGAUGACUGUUGCCACCGCUGGCUGUGGGGUAGCCAUGGCUUUCUCCAUCUUCACCAUCGCCUUCUGCAUCUUCUUAAGGUGCAGGUUCAGGUCCGAGGAGACCCUCUGCAUCAACCUGGGGCUGCACGUGAACCUCAUGGGCAGCCUGCUCCUCCUCAACCUGGCCUUCCUGCUCAACAGCGGGCUCUCCAGUGGGACCCAGCCAGGGACUUGCAAGGUCCUGGCGGGGCUCACCCACUACUGCCUGCUCUGCUGCUUCACCUGGAUGGCAUUGGAGGGCUGUCACCUCUACCGCCUCUUCGUCAAGGUCCUCGGCACCUACAUCCACCACUAUCUGCUGAAGCUGUGCCUGGUCGGCUGGGGCUUCCCUACUCUUGUGGUGGGGGUGGCAGGAGUCAUCGGCAGUUACGGAGAAUACAGCAUCCAGACCGUGGACCACCAGGUCAUAGCCCACCUGUGCUGGAUCACUUCCAAAUAUCUCCUGGUCCACUACAUCACCAACUGUGGUUACUUCGGCCUCAUCAUCCUCUUCAACAUGGCUGUCUUUGGGGUGGUGACCCAGAAGAGCUGCUGCCUGCAGGGCACGGGGGCAGUGCAGGGAGACCGCAAGGCUUGGAAGGUGGCCCUGGUGGUAGUGGGGCUCUUCUGCCUGCUGGGAGCCACCUGGGUCCUGGCGUUCCUCACCCAUGACACCUCCUCUGUGCCCAUGCUCUACCUCUUCACCAUCCUCAACUCUCUCCAAGGAAUCUUCAUAUUCAUCUGGCUGGUCAUCCUCUACUACCCGAAGACGAGGGAGACUGCUGGCUCCCUCUCCCACAUCAUCAGACACGACAAAACCGUCACGGUUUCCCAGGACUAG